UGAGCAAAACGAACAAAACUUUCAUCAACUGUCGUCUCGGACCCUAUCCCAAACACACGCACAUACAGAUACAGAGCUUGAAACAUUCAAUGGAUAUAUCUAUCAAACCUAUACUUCCACUCUCUCCUUCACUAAAUCAGACCAUUUCCUCUUCCACUCCAUGGAUGUCCUGCAAACCCAUCUCAGAUCCCAUGGCUUUUCUGCACAUUUCACAUUCAACUCGGCCCCGUAGAGAAGUGGCGGCCUCAGUUUCCUUCAAUCCAUCUGGGAAUUUCGACCUCUCCUUAUAUGAUGAUGAAGAGGAUGCAUCAAAACCAUCACCCCCAAUGCCACCAAGUGAAGGCAGAUUUGAGAUAGUUAUUGAUAAUGAUAUCAUUCGCCGUCUUGACUUAUCCCCAUUUCAAGCCACAACAGGAAUCAACUCACCACUAUCCGUGGAGCCACAAGAGUUCCUUGAACGUAAAAUUGGCUUUGCCAUCAACUAUACAAGAGAAGAUCCACGUGAUCCCAGAGAAUUAUCAGAAUUUCCUGAUAUAAGACUCUGGUUUGUUAGACUCGAUGCCACUUAUCCAUGGCUGCCUGUCUUGUUGGACUGGAGAGCUGGCGAGCUUGCUCGUUAUGCAGCCAUGCUAGUCCCUCACCAGAUGAACAUGAGAAUGGGUAUUGUUUUUAAUCCUGAGGCACUGGAGCUGUUUAUUAUGAAGAAAGUCUUCAUUGUCUAUUCUUGGUUGAAGCGACAUGAUAUUCCAAAGCCUAGACUGAAGACGAGUGACAUGGCCAGGAUGCUUGGAUUUAUUAUUGGAGAUGAACUAUUCGAUCUGAUCGAAGAACACCCACUUGAUCCAUCAUAAGCAAAGGAGCCAGCUUUGACUCCAGUUGCAGUUCAGAAUAUAAUCUCAAACACCACAUAUAAUGAUAAUGGGCGUUUUUCAACAUCUAAAACCAAAUGUAGUUGCCCAUGAUAGGAUGAGAUUCAGCAGAUCAAGGGUAUAAUUUUCCUUGAAGAGUGAUGUCAAUGAUUGGUUUAGAACUUGAACAUUCUGCUCAUGUUGCAACAGUGUUAUGCCAGGUAGGAAUGAAUACGAAUACUGCAGCACUAUACCUGUUAUUAGCAAAGCUUCUAAA